AUGGCCGGAAAGGCAGCUCCAUGGACGGAUGCUGAUGAGCAACAGCUCCAGAAGCUCAUGGCUCAGAAGCAAGCCGCGGCAAAGACCAAGUUGACUCCGGCCGUACCUCCCUUGCCAAGCCGCGGUGGCAUGAGUGAUGCAUCGAAGAGACGCCUCGAGGUUGAUUCGAACGAUGAUGACUUCUCGCUGGUUGAUGGGCAGGAGCCUUUCAUUCCGGAAGGUUGGAUGACCCAGGAGUUGGCAAUGGGAAGCCAGGACCCUGAUGAGAAGGUCCGUCACCUUUUGCCAGAAGGGGUGAGCGGAUUUCAUGAGUGGGGUCGCACAGUGAUCGAUUUCGGGAAGCUUCGUGGUUUGAAUACCUCAUACAUUGAGGCAGUGCAGAACAAGGAUUUGAAGAGCUAUGUGGAUUGGUGUCGCAGCCAUUUGUCGCCUACCUCGAAGACCUCAAAGGGGCCUUCAGCAGAUUUUGCGGCCUAUCUCACAGCAUAUGAGUUGGUGUACUCUGCAACAGAGGCACAUGGAUGCUAUGCUGGAACCGUCACACGACGAGUCUUGAA